AUGAUAUGGAGGGGAUUGGAGCACCUGAAUCACAUGAUAUGGAGGGGAUUGGAACACCUGAAUCACAUGAUUGGGAGGGGAUUGGAGCACCUGAGUCACAUGAUUUGGAGGGGAUUGGAACACCUGAAUCACAUGAUAUAGAGGGGAUUGGAGCACCUGAGUCACAUGAUAUGGAGGGGAUUGGAACACCUGAAUCACAUGAUAUGGAGGGGAUUGGAGCACCUGAGUCACAUGAUAUGGAGGGGAUUGGAGCACCGGAGUCAUAUGAUUUGGAGGGGAUUGGAGCACCUGAGUCGCAUGAUAUGGAGGGGAUUGGAGCACCGGAGUCACAUGAUAUGGAGGGGAUUGGAGCACCGGAGUCAUAUGAUAUGGAGGGGAUUGGAGCACCGGAGUCACAUGAUAUGGAGGGGAUUGGAGCACCGGAGUCAUAUGAUUUGGAGGGCGGGGACAAU